CAAGUUUCUCAAGUCUGCAGUACCGCGAUGUUCCCGAGUUUCCUGUCACUCGCAAACAGCUGCGGUGGACCCUUGCGAACAAUGUGGUAUCGAUAUCGUGGUGGUUUGGCAUGCCUCCGCCGCAGCCCGUUGCCUGACACGUACACUUUGGAUGGUCAGCGACAUCUGAGCAGGGCUCGUGCCCUGACACUUGUUGCAGGUGCCGCAGGAGCGGUAACUACCGCGGUGAAACAAAAGACGGAGUGUGAGUGCGAGUCCACCCUGUAUGCCAACAUGGGUUGCCCUUACGCGGUGCGCGCCAUGUUCGCACUGAAGCUCCGGCCAGCGAGUGGUGUUAGGAUAGAGAAUAUGCCAACCACAAAUCAGUUUGGCCUGAUGGACAAGUGGGGAAUCGCAAAAGGUGACGUGUUCGGGUUAUUUCGUGGUAAAUCUUUGGAUGAUCUACACAGAUACAAGGAGUGGUUCAAACGAGAGGUCAAUGCAUCUGGAGAGGUGCCUACACUGCUGCUGGACACUGGUGAUGUUGUCCGUGAAUCGGAGAUCGUCGCGGAGUACUUCGACGCUACGUCACCGUGCACGGCUCGUAAACUUGUCCCAAUUGAUCCGCUAGACGCCAGCAAGGUGAGGCUUGCGAUGAAGAUGGCCAACGCGCUGCCCGGUCCUAUGGUGGCACUGCUCAAGAACCAGGACCCUGCAAAGGAUGAAGAGAUUGCAAAGACGCUCAGCGCAGCGUUGAGCAAGUUUGCUGCCGUCUUGGAAGACAAAAGUGACUUCUGCGUUGGUGCGUCCUGCACACUCGCCGAUGUUCAUUCCGCUGUUUUCUUGCACCGCUUCGGAGUCGUCCUCAAGCAUUACCGUGGCUACGACAUGUUUCAGCAACAUCCCCGGCUACGACGUUUGCUGGACGCUGUGAUGGCAAUGCCAGAGUAUCUAGCUCUGCUAGAGGAGUAUGGUGUUACCGAUGCACGCUUCAUUGCAAUGUACGAGCUGUAUGCAAACAACGGUACGUGGUCGCAAGACGGCACGCGGUUGGCGGGGCGCGGCCGGUCAGAGUUCGGCAGGUGAGCAUGGCUACGAAGGCGGUCGUUUGCAGCCUGUGAUUGCCAGUUGUGGAGGCGAGUGCGCGUAGUUCUUGACGCCGAUUGUGUUGUGUGCGCUUGGAGCCAUCAUCGGUUGCUCGCAGGUCUCUCCCGGAAGUGUGCCACCCUGUGGCCCUGGGGGGGCGCGUAACGGUGGGGAA